CCUUGCUUCUUCGAGCUUCAAACCACCAUCCAAUUUGUCUGUCCGCUUUACCCCGGCACUCGUAUUGCUACUCGUAUCUGGCAAGCUGCAACAUACCUCGGAGGCUCGAACAACAGUCACCCCCUUUCACUCGUGAAUAGCUCCGAGAACGGAAUAGUCCGGUGAUCGGAGCAAUGUCGACAACCGACACUCUAUCACCUAGCAAGGGCAAGGUCCUACUAACUGGUGGAACUGGUUUUAUUGCCUCGCAUGUUCUGGACUGUCUGCUAGACCACGGUUUCGACGUUGUGGUCACGGUGAGAUCCCACGAAAAGGGGCAACGGAUCGUCAACUCUAUCGAUGAGGCAUUGCGACAGCAUGUCUCCUUCGCCAUAGUCGGGGAUUUCGUGAAGGAGGGCGCAUUUGAUGAGGCCGUCAUGACAGACCCCCCUUUCGACUAUGUCGUCCACACAGCCUCGCCAUAUCAGAUGCAUUGGGAAGACCCCCAAAGAGACUGCCUUGAUCCCGCCAUCAAGGGAAUAAGCGGCAUCCUCACUUCGAUAUACCGCCAUGCACCUGCAGUCAAACGCGUCGUCUUCACCUCCUCAUCCGCUGCCAUCCUCAACCCACCCAACCACCCCAAAGUCUACGAUGAAUCCUCCUGGUGCAGAGUUACACAGGAGGAAGCCAUGGACCCAGUGCACACUUACAGGGCCAGCAAGACCUACGCCGAGCAAUGCGCCUGGGACUUCCACAAGUCGCACCCGCACGACUUCAGCAUCGCCACCAUCAACAACACCUACACGUUCGGCCCGAUCCCGCGCAGCCUGGACAGCCUGGACCGGCUGAACACGUCCAACCACCGCAUCCGCGACCUCGUGCAGGGCGGCAUGCGCGGGGGGGUCGCCCCGACGGCGCCCGUUUUUACGUUCGUCGACGUCCGCGACGUGGCGCUGGCCCACGUGCGCGCCAUGACGGCGCCCGAGGCCGCCGGGAAGCGCUUCUACGUCGUCGGCGGCUUCUUCUCGAACCACCGCCUGGCGGGCAUCGUGAGGCGGCGGUUUCCGCAGCUCGAGGGGCAACUGCCGCCGGCGGAGGAGGAUGCCAAGGAUGAUUUCCCGGCAGAUCACUGGGCGUUUGAUAACUCGCGGUCCAAGGAGGUGCUGGGUCUGCAGUACACUGAGCUGGAGAAGAGUGUGGUGGAUACCGUGGAGUCGAUUUUGGCGUUUGAGGCGGCAGGACCGGAGGAGUAGAGGCCCAUUCCGGCGGCCUACUCUUUCAUGAUACAGAGCUUAGGUUGUCUCUUUCCUUCCUCUGGCUGGCAGUCAGUGUUUGUUGGGCCGUGGCUGGGGAUUCGGAGAUGCCGAGAGAUGCCCGUCCGCGGAGAGGUUGUCAUGAAUUGUGCCCCUCGAAUCGACGUCCUGCCAGGGGCACAGGGAAACAGGCAGAUAGGGUUUGGGUCUUGGGCCGAAGGAUUCCGAUGGUCCAAACUUAGACUGCCACUCGGGCCUUCCAACUUUCAAUCCUUUUCCGCAUUCAGCGGCUCCUAAAUCGGUAGCCCGGCAGGCGACUGUCCCCUUUUGACAUUCGGUCGCCUGGGAAGCAAGCUUCCCCCUUCGCACGACAU